CGCCAGCCUGUGAUGCUCUUUAUUGUGGAGUUCUGUUAUAUCCCAGGAAUCUGGACUGCUACACCAUGCACAAGACAAAGAACAUAGACCAACAAAACGGGAUCCCAGCAUUGGUGAAUGACGGGACUGCAUUCUAAAUUCUGGAAAUUGCACGGAUAGAGGAAUAAAGAGCGACAGAAGCGUAGGAGCAGCAGCGAGGAAGCAGGCUGAACACAUCAACCCGACCGCUCCCUGGAGAGCCUUGUGGUGUGUCUGUCUGUGUGACUAAAUAAGGGAUGCGUGCAUGAGCCUGGUUCACAUUCUGGACCAUUGUAAAAUAUACAUUUUCCUUUUUAACCUGAGAGACGGAGUACCCGCAAAAGAAACGUAUUUAGCAUACAACGUGCUCUUCGCGGAGAAAGGGCUUUACAUAUUGAAAGACGACCUGGUAAUAAACCAUAAAUAUAGUUUCCGAGGGGAAAAAAUGAUGGCUGAAUUGACACUUUAAUUGACUCCGGAAAGCAGGAACAAAAGCUAUGCGUCUGAAGAAGCGCGAGGGCUGAUGUAAACAGACAUACGCCACCUUCCCCUGGGACUGGGAAACUCUGCAACUGGGCGCCGUGACUUUCAAAAAACCUUUUCCACGCUGCUUUGAAAAAGGGCACAUUGCACAAUAUGGGCAUAGAUGUAAACCAGUGCAAUAUGCUGACGUCUGUGAGAAGAUGGAAAAAAAUUAAGUAAACAAACAAUAAAACAAACACGUUUGUCAAAACGGCUCUUAUCGAUGUAAAUUGAUUUUUAUUUUAAAUUUGGUAACUGCUAGUGGUUUCUGGAGGACCUGGAUUUUUGACAAGGGUGAUAAAUAAAAUAGUAAGCCGUUUUUGCUAAGAAAAACAAAGUACUGGGACUGACCUUGCAAAUUAAAUAACUUUGUAUUUUUAAUUAGACGCUUAGUCAUGUACACAGAUGAAGUAAUAAUAACACUCUGAUGGUUACAAUGCACAAGCCAUUUGAUAUGAAAUUGUGCAGCAAUAACUGGUAACGCUAAUCGCACCUGUGACAUUUACUUGCAGGUGAAUGGUAAAGCGGUAAGUGAAACGACUGACACCAAGACACUGAGAUAAUCCGUGUAUAGCGGAGAGGAUUGGCGACAACAACCUGAUCAUUAGUUCUCAAACAAGCCAGUGUGUUGCGAGGCUGAUCCUGUAGAGCUGAUUCUGGGCGUGUGACGAGGGAGAAUGCGAACACCGCGAUCACAGCUCAAGCCCGUGCCUCUGCUUAAGCAAGUGUAUUCUUCUAUUCCAGAGUCUUUCACGUGUGGCUGAAAAAAAGAGGCGCCUGUGACACCUGCGCUCAAUUCUAGAAUAUCAAAAAUAGGAAAUAAAUAUGUAUCUCUGUCAACACUAGAAUCUGACAACACGCAUGGUGUUUCUCAUUGAUUUUAUAGUGCUUUCUCACUAAAACACACCUGGUUCUUUGUUUUAACAAUUUUAAUUGUUGAAGUUUUACCUAAAAUAUGGACAUCCUACCCAGGUGUUCGCCAAUAGAAAUGGAUUAACCCUUUCACCCCAGGAUCCUCCUGGCACGUGUAAGUGGCAGUACCCUGGAAGAGGAAGUUUAAAGCAGCGAGCAGAGGAUCGGAGAGGCUGUGGCGUGACACUUGAGCAGGCAACAUCACCUUCAUAAAUCAUAGCCGGGAUUAAGGCUACAGGAUGCCGGUCAGGAGAGGCCAUGUGGCGCCCCAGAACACAUUCCUGGAUACCAUCAUCAGAAAAUUUGACGGGCAAAGUCGUAAAUUCAUCAUCGCCAAUGCACGAGUUGAGAACUGUGCCAUAAUCUUCUGCAACGAUGGCUUCUGUGGCAUGUGUGGCUACACACGGGCAGAGAUCAUGCAGAAACCGUGCACCUGUGACUUCCUGUACGGGCCACAGACUAAGAAGAGAUCCAUUGCACAGAUUGCACAGGCCCUGCUGGGUUCCGAGGAUAGAAAGGUGGAGAUUAUCUUCUACAAGAAAGACGGUGUGUGGUUCCUGUGUCAGGUAGACGUGGCCCCGGUGAAGAAUGAAGAUGGCACAGUGAUAAUGUUCAUCCUGAACUUUGAAGCCAUGACAGAGAACGAGCUGCUGCACUCUCCUGAGAGGGAUGUCAACCACAAGGUCUCCUCUAACUGGUUCCCAGCAGGCAGGGCACGAGGCUUCAAGCUGCGUUUUCCGAUGCUGCGCUCCCUGACAGCCAGUAAGCAGUCCUUGCCGCAGGAGGGCCCAGACGCGGUGGUGGUGGACUUGUCCAAACCCAGCAGCGAGUCUUUGGCCCUAGGAGAGCUGCUGUCCACUCCGGAGAGCAACUGCCUGGUGAGCUCCGAGCUGCAGCAGCUGGAAGACCAGCAAGCGCACACUGACAGAGUGCUGGAGUCCAUGAACCACCCCUCCCCCAAGCCAGACCGCCUCAACCCUGACAUGUCCUUCUCCAACUGCAGCCUGACCUGCAGCCGCUCCCGCGAGAGCUUCUACAGCGUGCGCCGAGCCUCCUCCGUCGACGACAUUGAGGCGAUGAAGACCGACUUUGACAAGAAAUUCUGCAACCGCCAUGCCAGCACAGGUGGAAUGAAUCACAUCAAAACCACCCUUCUGAACUCCACCUCGGACUCUGACCUGAUGCGUUACCGCACCAUCAGCAGGAUACCGCAGGUCACCCUGAACUUCGUGGAUUUCAAGGGGGACCCCUUCAUAGCCUCCACGUCCACGGACAAGGAGAUCAUCGCACCGUGCAAGCUGAAGGACCGCACACACAACGUCACUGAGAAGGUCACACAGGUUUUGUCACUGGGUGCCGAUGUUCUUCCCGAGUACAAGCUGCAGGCUCCCCGGAUCCACAAGUGGACGAUCCUGCACUACAGCCCCUUCAAGGCAGUGUGGGACUGGCUGAUCCUGCUGCUGGUGAUCUACACAGCCAUCUUCACGCCCUACUCAGCGGCAUUCCUGCUCAACGACCGGGAGGAGGUGAAUCGCCGGGACUGCGGCUACUCCUGCAACCCGCUCAACGUGGUGGACCUCAUUGUGGACAUCAUGUUCAUCAUCGACAUCCUCAUCAACUUCCGCACCACCUACGUGAACUCCAACGACGAGGUGGUGAGCCAGCCCGGCCGCAUCGCGGUGCACUACUUCAAGGGCUGGUUCCUCAUCGACAUGGUGGCGGCCAUCCCCUUCGACCUCCUCAUCUUCCGCUCCGGAUCUGAAGAGACCACCACUCUGAUUGGCCUCCUGAAGACAGCCCGACUACUGCGAUUGGUGCGUGUGGCGCGAAAGCUGGACCGCUACUCCGAGUACGGCGCGGCGGUGCUCUUCCUGCUCAUGUGCACCUUCGCCCUCAUCGCGCACUGGCUCGCCUGCAUCUGGUACGCCAUUGGCAAUGUGGAGCGCCAGUACCUCAGCCCACGGAUAGGCUGGCUAUACUCUCUGGGAGACCAGAUUGGCAAACGCUACAACGAGAGCGACCCCUCUUCUGGCCCUUCCAUCAAGGAUAAAUACGUGACGGCGCUUUACUUCACGUUCAGCAGCCUGACCAGCGUGGGCUUCGGGAACGUCUCCCCCAACACCAACUCCGAGAAGAUCUUCUCCAUCUGCGUCAUGCUCAUCGGCUCUCUGAUGUAUGCCAGUAUCUUUGGGAACGUCUCUGCGAUUAUCCAGCGGCUGUACUCGGGUACGGCGCGCUACCACACUCAGAUGCUGCGGGUUCGAGAGUUCAUACGCUUCCACCAGAUCCCCAACCCACUGCGGCAGAGACUGGAGGAGUACUUCCAGCACGCCUGGUCCUACACCAAUGGCAUCGAUAUGAACGCGGUGCUGAAGGGUUUCCCGGAGUGCCUCCAGGCAGAUAUCUGUCUGCACCUGAAUCGCAGCCUGCUGCAGAACUGCAAAGCCUUCAAGGGAGCCACCAAGGGCUGCCUGCGAGCGCUGGCCAUGAAGUUCAAGACCACGCACGCCCCCCCGGGCGACACACUGGUCCAUGCGGGCGACGUGCUCUCCGCACUCUACUUCAUCUCACGUGGCUCCAUCGAGAUCCUGCGCAGGGAUGUGGUCGUCGCCAUUCUGGGAAAGAACGACAUUUUCGGAGAGCCAAUCAACCUGUACGCUCGGCCAGGCAAGUCGAAUGCGGAAGUACGGGCGCUGACCUACUGCGACCUUCACAAGAUCCACCGCGAGGAUGUGCUGGAGGUGCUGGACAUGUACCCCGAGUUCUCAGACCACUUCUGGUCCAACCUGGAGAUCACCUUCAACCUCAGAGAUACCAACAUGAUCCCGGGAUCCCCAAGCAGCAACGACUCUGACUGCGGCUUUAACCGACUACGGCGCCGGAAACUCUCCUUCAGGAGGCGGACCGAGAAAGAUGACAAGAACGCUGGUGAGAUAAAGAUGACCCAGAAGCCUUUGCGAAGGCAGAGAAGGCAGGGCAGCAGCAAACAGGGGGAGGGGAGAAAGGCAGAGUGGGAGGGCGCUCACAGCUCCGUCUCCUCCCCUUUGGAAUCCAGCGAUGAGGAGGGCAAGGGACCUCUGCUACAGGCCCCACCCUCUCCCUCCACCAUCCUGGAGAUGUCCCCCCCCAAGGUUACACCCACACAGCUCCACUUCGGGGACACCCCAGAGGGAGAGGGGGACCCCAAGACAGGCAACACUUGUAAUGCACUCUCGGGAGCGUUCUCGGGGGUGUCAAAUAUCUUCAGUUUCUGGAGUGACAACCGCAGCCAACAGUACCAGGAGCUGCCGAGGUGCACAGUGCCGCGACACGCUCCUGGCAAUGCACUGACACACAGCAUCACACGGCGGCAGAGGUCAGAGGUGGAGUGCAGGCUGGAUCUGCUCCAGAAACAGCUGAACAGGUUGGAGUCCCGGAUGACAUCAGAUAUUGGUGCCAUCAUGCAGCUGCUGCAGAGGCAGAUAGUCCUGGUGCCGCCAGCCUACAGCACGGUGCUGUCUCCUCCGCAGCCGGCACCCUACCCUGACCUGGGAGAGAGUCUGGUGCAGCCUGUCCCCCUGCUGGAGUCUGAGACGCUGGCCUCGCUUUCUCAGAUUUCUGAUUCCCAGGAUUUGGAAGAGUCUCUUCUGAAGUCCUGUCACUCUCUUCUGAGCACUACAGAGCUGCUGCCGAAGGAGCUUCCAGCAGAGACGCCUCUGGCCGGGGAGGCGUGCCAGACAACCAGCCACACCGAAGCAGACCAGGACCCCGGAGGGGCAACAUCCAGCCACGUGGGGCCACGCCGGCUCUCCAUGUCUGACCAGCACAGAGGGGACCCCUUGGACUCACUGACUCCCCAGCGGCACAACUCGGACCCUGGGAGCUAAUAUUCACUUGAUAUGUCAUCAUGAGCUCUUUCGUGCUGUCCAACUCUAGGGGCAUCUGUGUUGCUCUCCAGUGGGAACAAAUACCCUCCAAGACAAAACUCAAGUGUUUUAUUUCAUUUUAGGACACCUUUUAGGAAACCUGGUAACUACUGAGAAAAGCUCUUCUGACAGAUUUGAGAGGAAUUAAGGAGACCUGUUUAGUAGGUACAUUUCGACUGCAGUAACUGUGCACAGAGAGAAAGUCUGUUUCUGAUCUCUGGUAGAGAUGAUAUGAAACACAAGUGAACAGGCCUAUAGAUAAGGAGCCACUGUUGCAAAGAUGAGGCACAGGGCAGUCUCUCAAGAACCUUUUGUUCUGAAAAACAAAUGUGAGCGCUGGAGGCGCCUCAAUCCUUUGUUUGCCUUUCCUGCAAAGCUGACAUUCAUAAAAUAAUAAUAAAAAUAGCCAUUUGGUCUUGCACUGAAAUUCAGGGGAAUAUUCCUUCAUGGCCCUCACUACUUCCUGAAGGCGCUUCCUGACUGAAACUGAAAUUUUAAGAUGUUAGCUGGCCUAACAAUCAGUCACCCAUCCUAUCCUUUCAGGGAAGCAUUCACAGAAUUCACUGCUCCUGAAAGAAUAGCCAUUGGUUCUAACUGAGCAUAUCAAAUUCUUGUUGAAAAACCUUGUACAGAUUGUUCAAACAAAGUCAUAUAACAGUAUGCACAGCAGUUCAGAAUAGUAAGUUAUUUUAUGUGAAUAGGAUUUUAGUUCAAUGUGCAUGUCCAAUGCUCUGGCCCGUUAACUGGAUUUCUUCACUGAGGUGGCUGGCAGGUCAAUGCUGGCAUUCAUCACCGAGCCUGGAGAUGUCAGAAAUGUUUGUGGUGUGGUGAGGGGGUAGCUAUAAACAAAAGAGGCAUAGGUCAAUGAGAGUUAACAGGAGCCUUUCAAGGGUAAAGAAGUGUGCUCCAGACCAGUGAAGAGAAUAGCUUGUGUGUUAUAGGGCUAUUUGAGAACCAGCUUUGGAGAUCUUUUGGAACUUGAGAGGGCGGCGCAGGCAGAGGUGUAUAUUCUGCAGAGAUACAUCUGGAUCUACCACUGUACCCUUAUACAGUUUUAGCCAGUGAUAGACAGUUAUUGUCAAUCACAUGUUACAAAAGUUGACACAGCUACCACACCUCAUAGCAAAGGCUGGCUUAUGUUGUCUUUUCUUUCACUAGUGAAAUCCAAUAGUCACCAGUUGGCAGAUUAACUGUGUUUAAGAUUAAAAGAGAGCUCCCAAAUCCCUCCUUCAUGAUUUUAGGAAAAUUCCUCUAGACAUGUUUGACAUGCACAACCUGCUCCCAGUCAUCCACGUUGCAUGAAUGAUAAAGCAAUAGGGAUGUGCAGACACUCAGAUUUUACUCAGAGUAAUCCCCUUUAACAUUGUUUAAAUCGGCAGGUAUUGUUUAAUUCAGAAAGAAACCUGUUAAGAAUGUAUUAAAUGCAAAAUAUGAAAUCAUGAUUUUCCCAUCAUUUGCAGUCUGCGCAUUAAUAAAAACCAACCAAUGAUAAUAAGACAACAUUUUCUGGUAGUGAAAUUAAUAUAGAAUUAUCUAAUCAUUUGUCAGGUAGAGAGCAGGAGCAACUCAAUGUCUCUUUCAUCUGAAAAUAAGGUGUUCUACUUCAAGCAGUAUCUGAGAUUAGUUAUAAACAUUAAACCCAUCUUCUGUUGUGAAGGAACAGUCAAUUUUUACAUUAUUGCUUUCUGCAAACUUUUUCAACAAAUUUGUAAUUAGAAAAUUAAAUCCAUGUCCUCUGUGUGCACCUCCUAGGCAUACGGUUAUCUUGCCAUUAUUAUCUUAUUGUAUGGAUGUUUGUAUAUUGCAACAUUUUGCCUGCUGCAUCCCUGGGUUGCUCUUGUAAACAAGAUGCUGUCUCGUCCUAGUUAAUAAUAUUAUCCUUGUGAUAGGGAAGGGGUGUGGGUUAUUCACUGACAGAAAGACAGAGACAGAACUGGCACUGACACAUAGCUCAGCUGCACAGAAUUUGUGUCUUAAAUAAACAAAAAUAAAUAUUGUGACACGACCGACAAUGGUAGGUCAUGGGCAAGCAGGUAAAACAAAACACUGUACAAAAAGCAACAAAAAAUAAAAGUUUGCCGUGAACACUGCAGUCUUCUUGUUUCGUAUGGCGUUUGAAAAGUUAACAGGCUGCAGUUGUAAUUUUAGUUUUGUAAGCCGUUCCACGGUAUCCGGGGUAGCUGCGUGUAGUCCACUUGUUCCACCAGAAUACUCGUGCAUUGGGCAAUCAUCAGUGAUGUGCCUGAUGGUUUGCACCUCGCCACAUUCGCAGCUUGGUGAGACCUUGAGCUUCCAUUUAUGGAAGAUAUAUCCACACCUCCCAUGCGUUGUUCGAAAGCAGUUGAGAGGGCUCCACUGUCGUCAGCGCUGCUCCUACUGUAAAGAAGGUCCUGCUGACACACCAUACCAAUCUUUACUUCCCUGUUCUCUACAGGGAGAUGGUAAACCCUGGCACUGGUUUUUGAUUAGCAGUUUAAAAAACUCUGUUUGGUUGCUCACACACACUCCAACAAGGCGUUUUCCUCCAAUCGAUAAUAUGGACUUGUUUGGUCCUUGCUGUCAGUAUGUGGGUGUGUCAGGGGCUUCUAUUUAUAGUGAUACGCUCCACUGAGACACAACCACCAGCCAGUCAAGGAAUGCAGCCCACCAAUCCCCCACUGUGAUUGCCUGUAAAAAACACACAGUUGGCCCACGUCACAGGCGGAGUGUCUGGCUCUCCUGCAAACAUAGGCAUGCACCCAAGAAGCUAGUGACAGCACGCUGCCCCUGUUACAAUCCCUUAAUUUUAGAAGCUAAAUGCUCUUUCACCUUUUUUUAUGUGAAUUGACUCAAUUGAUUCAGUCACCAACUUUGAGAUUGCCGUGAUGUAUCCUGAUAUCCUCAUAGCCUAAGCUCAGAAUACAUAAUACUGAACGUAAUAGGGAUUCAAGGAAAUGCAUGCACAUGGAUUAGGGAGUGGUUAACAGGUAGAAAACAGAAAGUACUGAUUAGAGGAGAAACCUCAAAAUGGAGCGAGGUAACCAGUGGUGUACCACAGGGAUCAGUAUUAGGUCCUCUGCUAUUCCUAAUCUACAUUAAUGAUUUAGAUUCUGGUAUAGUAAGCAAACUCGUUAAAUUUGCAGACGACACAAAAAUAGGAGGAGUGGCAAACACUGUUGAAGCAGCAAAGGUCAUUCAAAAUGAUCUAGACAGCAUUCAGAAUUGGGCAGACACAUGGAAAAUGAAAUUUAAUAGAGAAAAGUGUAAAGUAUUGCAUGCGGGCAAUAAACAUGUGCAUUAUAAAUAUCAUAUGGGAGAUAGUGAAAUUGAAGAAGGGAACUAUGAAAAAGACCUAGGAGUUUAUGUUGACUCAGAAAUGUCUUCAUCUAGACAAUGUGGAGAAGCUAUAAAAAAGGCUAACAAGAUACUCGGAUAUAUUGUGAGAAGUGUUGAAUUUAAAUCAAGGGAAGUAAUGUUAAAACUCUACAAUGCAUUAGUAAGACCUCACCUAGAAUAUUGUGUUCAGUUCUGGUCACCUCGUUACAAAAAGGAUAUUGCUGCUCUAGAAAGAGUGCAAAGAAGAGCAACCAGAAUUAUCCCAGGUUUAAAAGGCAUGUCGUAUGCAGACAGGCUAAAAGAAUUGAAUCUAUUCAGUCUUGAAUAAAGAAGACUACGCGGCGAUCUGAUUCAAACAUUCAAAAUCCUAAAAGGUAUAGACAAUGUCAACCCAGGGGACUUCUUUGACCUGAAAAAAGAAACAAGGACCAGGGGUCACAAAUGGAGAUUAGAUAAAGGGGCAUUCAGAACAGAAAAUAGGAGGCACUUUUUUACACAGAGAAUUGUGAGGGUCUGGAACACUGCCAGACGCUAAUAUUGUUAAUAUCAUGGAAACUCCCUGUGUCACCCCCCGCCCCCAGCAAAGAGAGCCAAACUCUUAUAAGAUUAUUUAGAGGCUACAUGCUUAAAACGUCAGAGGCACAGUAGUGAGAUUUGUUCCACAUACUGUGGGUUGCUAACACCUAAUUACUUAAUAAGCUAGUGUCUAUGUUAUCCAGCAGUCUUGUUCUCUUCUGGGGAGCUGAGGUUUGUGUUCUCCCUAUCGGAUAAGCACACAGAGAUGUGUACAACAAUGUUGAUUCCCAUUUUCCAAUACUUCUCGAAGGCUUUGCUCUGUUCAGGCCAGCUGAUGAACCAGCUGUUGUUAAGGCUGCUUUGCUCAGCACACAACUUUACUAGUACAGUGGUAUCAUUAGUAGUACUAUAGUCAUUAUAAUUAUGAAGCCGAAUAUCUCCUAUUGAGACGAGACAUACCAAGUUAUUGUUGUUAACUGAAAAAUAGUAUUGUGUAAAUCCAUGCAUUAAGACUAAAAUCACAGCAGGUAACUUUCAGCACUGGAUUUCAGUUUCUUAGGUACCAGGACAAAUCAUAUAACUCCCUGCUGUGUUGUAAAACUGCCUGUGGAUUCCCCCCCCCCCCCCCCCCCCCCCUGGGGAGAGGGCACCACAACGUGCUCUGUGCCCUUAUAAAAGAUUAUCAUAGUAAAAUAAUAGCAAAGUGUAAUAAGGCAUAUUGAAAUCAUGGUAAAGCAUAAGUAAGCACCGUAGAGCCAAGACAGAUAUGGUAAAAUCAUAACAUAACCACAGGAAAAGCAUGAGAAAGCUGCAAAACUGUAGAAGGGUAAUGCUGGUUAUUUAGCAUUCUUGUCAUGGUUUAAAUCAUGCUGGAGAUGCACUGCAGUGUAAACGAAUGUAACAGUCUGAGUAAGAUUGCUUCAAUGGGCCUGCACAACUCCUUUCAGACAUGUUCCACAAGGACAGGCUUCGGAGCUUCAGACACAAGUGCUGGAAGGGUUCCUGAAGUCUGUUGUGUAAUUUGUGAUACAAGGUACAUUUCAGGGUGGAUUCACAUCUGUAAUCAUCAGGUUGUGUGUUUUUGUUAGGUAUUUAUAUAGGACCCCUGUUAGAGGUUGGGGCUAGGUUAGGUUUUCAGGUUGUGGUUAAUGUUUAAGUGUAUGGAAUAAGAAUGUAUUAGUCCUAGGACUGUCCUUUCCCAUUAGCAUUAUGGGAGCUGCUUUGUUAUCCGUUUCCUGAGUGAGGCUUUAACCAUCCUGAAUCGUGCCUUGUAUUAGCCCUGUAUCUCCUUGUAAAUAAAAAGAACAUUUUGUAAGGAACUUGAAUUUGGCACUCAUAGCCAGUACUAUGCAGAAACUUACAGCAUGUUUCCGAAUGCCAACUGUAGCAUCUUUGGUUCAAGAGUUAAUCAAAUAAAUCCAUUGUGUACAUUGUAACUGCAUGCUGCACUAAAUAUCUUCCAGGAGUUUCGAAGGUUAUUGUGUUUGGCACCAGGGGGUUGGUGUUUGGGAAGGGUUGGGGUUGUCUUGAGAACCAUGUCAUAGACACGGUAAAGACUGGUAACAAGGAGCCGGCAGGGUAACCUGCAGACCCCGAUGUGAGUUCCAUAUGAUGUGUUUAGAUUAGGGAUGUGCUGAGACUCGUAUUUUCAGAGUAAUUACCUUUAAGAUUUGUCAGUAAGUAUUAAACAAAACACACCUAUUUAAUAAUGUGUUGAUUUUAAAAACAGAAACGCUGUCCUUCCCUCAUCUUUACAAUUGUGUACCAAUCACUGACCGUACUGACAAUGAAAAUACGUUGCAAUUGCACUUCUUUGUGGAGUUUAUUCAGAGGUGACAUCUUGCCCAGGACUAUAAUCCCACAAUACACUGCAGAGAUUACGUAUUUCUAAGGAAAAUAAGGAAACUGAAUAAAAAAUAAUUUUAUAUCAAAAGGAUAAAAGAAAGGUAAGACAAAUAAUCGCUUAUGAAAUAUAAAUUAGUUUUAGUUAGUUUGAUCACGACACACUCUAUAUUUAGUAACACUGUCAAGGGAAACCGUGGGACCGUGUUGUUUUGGGUUGAGUCAUUAACAUAAUUUAUUGAAUUUAAUUAAUACCUAAUAAUUUAAUAUGUCUUAAAUGACUAAUUACUCGGAAAAUAUGAGUAUUAGCACACCCCUAGUUUAGAUCCCAUUUCUUUGAGUUGCACUCUAUGUGUCUAUUGUUUCCAAUACAGUGAUUUUUUUAAUUAAAUGCAGUUUGUAAAACACAUAGUUUGUAAAGCAGUUAGACAGGGUGAUUCACAUGUAGGGGGUUCUUUCUGAUUUGAUCCCGUUAUACAUUAGCCCGAUUUUAUUUUAUUUUAAUAAUGUACUAAACAAAACAAAGCAUUGGCUUGUUUAAAAAAAAUAUUCACUUUCAGUAUAUUUAAACAGCUGUAUUUAUGUUGUGCCGGGAACAGCAUCUUAACUAUUGUUAGAGGAUUCUUGAAGCACAUGGUAUGAGAUGGUGCCACACAUUCAAAUUGAAGGAACAGUUGAUUAUUUUAUUUUUAGUCAGUGAAAAAUGGCAUCUUGUAUUUCUUUUAUAACUAGUUGUUUUGCCCUGCACAAAGAUAUGAACUUUACAUCACUGUAUGGGAGAAGGACAGACUUAUGUUCAAUUUAAAUAUCAGUCUCUGUGGAGAACACAGGAGGACACAGGCGGACACAGGCAUAAUAAGAAUAAAAGACCUAUAAUAAGAAAAAGAAUGGAAGCUUCUUGAGCUGUUUUAAGAUUUUUUUAAACAUGUUGUUGAAGCUGACACCCUGGGAUCCUUCAAGAAGCUGCUUGAUGAGAUUCUGGGAUCAAUAAGCUACUAACAACCAAACGAGCACGAUGGGCCGAAUGGCCUCCUCUCGUUUGUAACCUUUCUUAUGUUCUUAUAAGUGUACUCCCAUUUCAUAAGUAUUACUGGCUCAAUUUAAAUUGUCCACGACCUGCGCAGAACCCUAGUCACGUUCCUGAAAAGGUGGUCUAUUACACUCUCUGUCGGGUGUGUUAUCUCUCCAAUGUGCUAAGCUGUAAAUGUGAGUUUAGCAAUAAAAAAAAUCACACAAUUUCCUCAUAAAUGAUGGUUGAUAAAUGGAUACCUUGUUACUGCAUUUGUCGUUUGGUACAACUGCCAAAAUUCACUCUAGAUAAAAUAUACAUGCUGGUAACUUACCCUUGGGUUUAAUUGCACUUGCUCUUUUGAUAAAAUUCCUUUACGCGGUUCAUCCUCACAGUACUUAAACACAUUGGGUACAGUUUGUCUCGUCUGAGUUUUAAGGGUUUUACCUAUAUUUAAACAUCUCUAAUAAUGAUCUCAUAGUUUGUGGAUGUCGCUUUACCUCAAACCACCGCGGGAACAUCUGAGAACAAACUUGCCACCUGCUUCAAGCUGAUUCUGAGCUAUUGCACAGUGGACAAUUUAACUUGGGACAGUAGUAUAUGUUCCUAUUUGUGCAUUUUUUAUUUAAUUUCUGUUAUCGAGUGGACCCUUUUCUUCUGCACAGAGACCAUUCUCUGCAUGCUGUACCUCCUCAUGGAAGAUUCACAAAAUAAAGAAAUCUGUUACCGAACAAUGGUUGUGUUUCUGGGAUCGGACAUACUGUAGAAAGUGUAGAAGAUGCUCCCACUGAGACCUUUUUUCUUUCAUAUAUGAAAAACAGCAACAAAACAGAAAGUUUUUCUCAGCUGAGAACAAUACACUGUGUUUAUAAAAAUUGCAACAUCCAGGGUAAGUAUGAUAAAGAGUUUUCUUUCAAAUCUACAAUGUUACACUUGCAUUUUAAUUUUGCAUUUAAAAUGUUGAGUUACACAAUAUACAAUUUUUAACGUGCGUACUGGAAUACUCCAUAUUUUAUACAAAUAUUUUCAUUGAGGGAGAUGGAAGGGACCAGCUUUCUAAUAAAUACUAUACACAUUAUCUGCAAUAUCUUAUAUCAAUAUCUUGGAACUUUGAUAAGCAAAUUAUUUAUGAUGUUGCUAAAUUGGGGGCACUGUACAGAUUCAAAUCUUGCUUAAUCCUCACAGUGCAUCUAACAAUGUUGCUUCACGCUGCUUCCCUCCCUUCCAGUCCCAGCUCUAACCACUAGACCACACUGCCUCUCUCCCAUACCCUCAGGUCUAACCACUAGACCACACCACCUCCCUUCCAGACCCUCAGGUCUAACCACUACACCACACUGCCUCUCUCCCAGACCCUCAGGUAUAACCACUACACCACACUGCCUCUCUCCCAGCCCCUCAGGUAUAAUCACUACACCACACUGCCUCUCUCCCAGCCCCUCAGGUAUAACCACUACACCACACUGCCUCUCUCCCAGACCCUCAGGUAUAACCACUACACCACACUGCCUCUCUCCCAGCCCCUCAGGUAUAAGUGCUAGAACACACUGCCUCCCUUCCAGUCCCGUCAGCUCUUACCACUGGGCUAUAUUGUGUACGUGUGUGACCCCGUUUUUCAUUUUUAUUGAAUGACAAGGUAUUAAAUGAACUACAAUGGCCUACUUUUCAAGACAUCAAUGCAAUGCCUGUUUGGUUGCCACAUGAAGCCCUUUUACCAUUGAUGUCAAUCAUUCAUUAUGUUUAGGAUCAGGUACUAUAUUCACAUUACACAACCAUCCAGACUUGCACCAGGUUUUAUUUCUUAAUAAUAAAAAAGUGAUUGUCAUGCAUUAGAAAGGUCAUUGAACAUGUUUAAUCUGAAAGUCUUUCCAAUUCUGUCUCAUUGCAAUGAACCCUCCCUGGUUACUGAAUCAAUUGAGUAAUAUAAAGUGGAGCCUGUCUGUUUGGCUUUGAACCCAGAGACUGGGGUUCAAUCCUCAAUCAAGGACCCUGACACACCUUGAGCUGUGCCCUGAUUUCUGAGCUGAAUUUGAAAUUAUGAUUGGGUUGACCUCUGUUAGGAUUUUAACUUUGAUUAAGUAUCCAGUAACCCUUCUAUUCUCCUAAACAGAUCCACAUAACUCAUAACAUGUCAGCCACUUCCCCCAGCUUUGUCGUCUGCAAAUUGCUAAUUAUCCCAUGUUAUAUUAUAGGUCACUGGAUUGGGUGAGUCAUUGAACAAGACACAUUUCUCACUGACAUGUGAUUCUCUUUAAUGGGACUCUGGCAUACACUAUUCCUUGAUAUCUCACAUCAUUCAGUGGGCCCCAUUGAAAGGUUCCCAGUAUCCAGGUAGGCAUGUGUGGCCGUGUCGAGGCCUGCCCCUGUAAAUAUAGCUGUGUUUCAUUAUAAAUAUGGUUUGGUGGUAGCUUGUAAAGAACAUGUAUUUUUGAUUAGAUAUAGCAGGGCUGGGAGGUUAGACUCCCCUCCCUGUUAAGUUGCAAGAAAUGUAUGCAGCAGAUGGCCAGGUGUCAAUUGAAGAAUUGACAAUCAAUUAAUCUUGGUCACCUGGCUUUAAAAAGGGGCUGGAGAGCCAGCCCUUGGUUUUUGGUUUCAUCUUUUGUUCUGUGCUGAUUGGUGUUGUGCUGGGUCUAUAAACUGAAAGCCUCACGGCUGUGUGUCGGAAUCAGGAUGAGUGAGACCAAAGAUAGGCCCACUAUGUGUUUAACGAGGGUCAUGACCAAAACCGGGGACCACUGAAGAGCGACUGCAUGUAUACUAGGGUUCUUUAGCCGGGAUAACUGCAUAGUUUAGCUAGGGAUUCAUUUAGGGGGAUUUUAAUCCUACCACAAUUUAUUUAGUUUGUUAGGAAGAAGGUUCCCGGUGUGGGACCUCCCUGUGUAGCGGGAGUAGCACAUUUUCCGAGCUUAGCCACCUUUUAUUUUCUAGUUGUUUUUGUACAGUAUUUGUUUUGCAUUUUUUGCUUAUAUUAAUGUACCUGUAUGUAUAUAGCCUUCAGCACUAGGGCAACCACUGCAACCCCUUGUAAAAUAAUAAAACUUGGACGCCUGAGCAACGUUUUCAAAUACAAACCCUCUGUGUCUCUCUCGUCUCUCAGCAGAUACCCACUGUAACUGCUAUCGCACUGCACUGUGGGUUACCUACUGAUCAGUUACCAUGGAAACUUGUUUAUAAAAAUGUUUAAACAUCCUUUUUUAAAAAUCCUUCAAUGCAUUUUUCUUUCCGAUUUUUCUUAUGGUCUUGUUGCUAAGUAGCCUGAACAGUUUUCCAAAUUCAAAUGUUCAUGCUGUGGUUUCAUCCAAUUUUGUAUUUGCACACAACAAUCUGCCAAACUGUGCAUCCAGUAUAAUAGAUAAUUAUACUGGACUAAUUAAUUAAUUAUACUAUAAUUAUUCUCAUUCAUGUUGCCAUGUGAAAGGGUAGCAUUGUGGCCAAGGCCGGCAGAAAGUAGACCCAUAGACAAAAAGCUGCAGUUUCAAGCAUGAAUGUGCACUUUUAUUAACAAAACCAACUAAAUAAAAUGCAGGAACAAACAAAAGAUCUGAACAAACACAAAUUACAAACUCCUUUUAAACUAACUCCCACUGUUCAGGCCUUCGCUGAACUAUCAUAAAAGGAUUCAGCUCCCUUUUUUAUACCAUAUGGCUGGGGCUUGACCAUCAAUUAAUCAAUCAAGACCUAGCCACGCUUCACAAGGAUUUUAACCCCGUCCCUGCCAAACUUAAAUUCAAAACAUUCAAACUUUAUAACCAAACCAAACUAUGUACACGUGUAGGGCUUCCUCCCUGCCACAUGCCUCCUCCUUGUGCAAAGCAAGCUGGACACACUGCCUUCUGGUGCCAGCUGGCCACAACAUUGUCGUCUGGUUUGGCAGUUCUGUAAGGGGAGACCAUUUAACCCCUUUAGUGACCCCUGGGCU